AUAAAAACAUGGAUUAGUGACUGAUGGUUGCGGAUAAAGUGCUGAAAAGUGUAAAUUAAAGUUUCUAAAAAAUAAUUUGUUGUUGUAUGCAUAAAGCAGGCUCUUUAUAGUAAAAAAAGAAGCAGAUAGUAAAAGAAAAAGAAAAAAAAUACAUACAAAAAAUAAAUCUGAGUAAGAAGAAGGAAGGAAAUUAAAUGAUAAUGCUGCGAUCAACAAUAUGUCUAAUUUUAUUUUUGUUUAUAUCUGAUAUAUUGACUUUACCAAGCAGUACAUUUAACGAUCAUGAUCAUGAGGAGCACGACGAGGAUCAAUAUCAUCCAGAAUUGACAAUCACAUGCCAAUAUUACAAGAAAAAAGACUGCGAAGACAAGGGCGAAUGCAAUGAGACGACAAAGAUAUGUCCAGCAUCACAUGGAAAAAGGCAAGGAUGCUUUACAUUAUGGCAUCAUGGAAAUAACACAGACAAGCCAGAAGUACAAAUGAAGGAUUGCUUUAUCUCGCAAGAAUGUGAUCAGCAUGAUUGUAUCGACACUGAAUAUAACAGAACAAACAAUAAUUUUUGUUGUUGUAAAGAAGACAUGUGCAAUAGUAAAUUCAAGUGGGUACCAGUCUAUAAAGAGCCAUCUACAACACCAUCGGACGAGAAUGAGGAUGAACUAGAGUCAAAUGACACAUCAAAAUACAUCUUGGCAUCAAUUCUAUUACUUUCACUUGUUGGAUUCUGUUUUGCCUUUAAAUAUAUGUACCAACGUAAGCAUGGAAUUUUCAAUGAGAUUCCUACAAUGGAACCAGAACUUUCAGUUUCAUCGCAAUGCUUGGUAAUUAGGCCAAUUGAAUUACAGGAAAUUAAGGCACACGGUCGAUUUGGAAUCGUUUGGAAGGGAAAUAUGAAAAAUGACGAUGUUGCUGUCAAAGUCUUUCCUACACAAGAUAAGAAUUCAUGGAUAACUGAGCAGGAGAUUUACAAACUCCCACGAAUGAGUCAUCCAAAUAUUUUGCAUUUUAUUGGAGCUGAAAAACACAUUUUUCAAGAUGGUAAAACUGAAUUCUGGCUUAUUACUGAAUAUCAUACGUACGGCUCACUUUGUGAUUAUUUAAAAUCACAUACCGUUACAUGGCAAGAACUUUGUAAGAUUGCAGAAUCUAUGGCACGUGGUUUGAUGCAUUUGCAUGAAGAAAUACCUGGAAAUCGAACAGAAGAAUUAAAACCAGCUAUUGCCCACCGUGAUUUUAAGAGCAAGAAUGUUUUACUUAAAUCUGACUUGACUGCUUGCAUUGCUGAUUUCGGACUCGCACUCGUUUUUAACACUCCAUGCGGUGACGUUCAUGGACAAGUUGGAACUCGUCGUUAUAUGGCACCGGAAAUUCUAGAAGGAGCAAUAAACUUCAAUCGCGACUCGUUCUUGAGAAUUGAUGUAUAUGCGUGUGGCUUAGCAUUGUGGGAGUUGGUGUCACGUUGUACAGCUCAUGGUGGACCUGUUGCUGAGUAUCAAUUGCCUUUCGAAAAUGAACUUGGACCACAUCCAACUUUAGAGGAAAUGCAGGAAAAUAUUGCCGCCAAGAAAAUACGUCCAAGAAUUUAUGAUGAAUGGAGGAAUCAUAAUGGAUUAAGUGCGAUAAUUGAUACAAUUGAGGAAUGUUGGGAUCAUGAUGCAGAAGCCAGAUUAUCAUCAUCGUGUAUUAUGGAGAGGAUAUCACAGCACUCACGAUAUCAGCAAAUGACGAUCGAUCAAACGACAAACUUUAUAAGUCGAAAUAAUGCGAAUGAUCAGUGAUAUUAAAUGAAUCUUUUUAAUAUCACUGCACUGACUGAAUAAAAGUUCAAUAUUCAUCGUUUAUGUAAGAGAAGAGAAAUGAAAAACAAUGAUAACAAUAAGAAAACAAAAUAUUAAUGAUAAUACAAAAAGUUGGAACUUAUUUUGUCCUUCGUUUUGACACUAAUAAGAAUUAUGUGACGAUAUUUUAAGAUGAAUAUGAGAAAUUAACAUCAAUUUAAGAACUCACAAGUGAGAAUUACCGUACAAAUUGUGAAAUUCUGGUACUCAUUUGUUUUUAUAAUGAACGAUUUGCAUUCAUUGAUAGCAGCAUUAAUUAUACAUAACACACACAUACACAUAUAAUUUUAUUGACC